AUAUUAUGAAAGAUCGUCGGUCACGAGGACCUCCCACUCUCGUUCUCCCCUCCCCCUGCGAGGGGAGAGGGGGGAAAAGAAGGAAAAAAACAUCGAACUGAAACGCUGCUUCAGAUCAGAUCAGAUCAGAUCCUCCAGCGCGCAAACAGACGCUUUCCGAGCGCGGAGCGCCGAUCCACGAGUACACGACACGGAAGCCGAGCACGGGCACACUCCCCCUCCUGACCUCCUCCCAGCUCGCCCCCCGCCCGCAUCUAUCCCUCCAUCUCUCUCGCCUUGCCAUCUCCGGAGCUGCUCUCAACUCACCUCACCACGCGCUCGCCCUCGCCCCCACCCCGGUCCUCGUCCCCGUCCCCUGCUCGCCCGGCGCUCGCGCAGAUUCCGCCGUCCGGGGAGCGGCGUUGAGGCCUUGCUCCGAUGAGCUCGGGGGCCGUGGCGGCCUCAGAUCCGGGGGGUGGCGAGCCGAAGCUGGUGCCGGGCGCUGACGUGGCGAUGACCGAAGCAGAUGGCGUGGUGGCUGCGCCUGCCGCCGAGGUGAAGGGAGAGGGGAAGGCUGCAGUGGCGUCGGAUGAUGGCUGGGAAGGGGGAGAUGCGGCGGCUGCCGCGUUGAGCGACCCGCUUUAUGCGACGGAGUCGGCUGGUAUGGUUGUUGUAGAAGGGCCCGGAGUUGAGCCAGUGGAGGAGGGGGUGAACGGUGGCGAGGAUGGGAGGCUGGAAGCUGGAGCUGGAAGUCUGCAGAAUGAGACGGAGGGGAAGCCGGUUCGGGUGGGAGAUGUAGCUGCUGAUGCUGGUCAAGAGGCGGAAGCAGCUAGUUAUGCUGCUUCCAAACAUGAGGAAGCUGAAUCCAAUGAACCUGAAGAAAAUCAUAUAAACGCCGAGCAUGGGACAGAGAAUAUUGAAAUUGAUUAUGGUGUAGCACAUUCUGGUAAGGAAAUACAGAACAACGUGCCUGGUGAGGUCGAGGGAAGCUCCAAGAUCCAUGAGGAUGAUGGAGCACCUGCAGGUGGCCAACCGGACGAUGGAUCUGUAAUGCUGCAGCAAGCUGGGGAGCAGUUUCCUGACAGUGGAAAUGGUCCAAAUAGUAACGAGGAUGAUUCUAGUCUAGGAAAUGUUAUUCAGGGUGCUAGAUACAGCCUGCCUCCUCUUGAUAAAGGCAGUUUUCAAGUUGCCGAUCUCGUCUGGGGCAAAGUAAAAAGUCAUCCUUGGUGGCCUGGUGAAAUUUUUGAUCCAUCAGAUGCAUCUGAAUUGGCGCUGAAGCACCAGAAAAAGGGGAGCCACUUGGUAGCUUAUUUUGGUGACAAUACUUUUGCAUGGUGCGAUGAAUCCCAGUUGAAGCCUUUCGUAUCAAAUUAUUCACACAUGGAGAACCAGAGCAGUUCAGAUGCCUUUGUCGGGUCAGUUAAUAAUGCCCUCGAAGAACUUUCAAGGCGGAUACUGUCAGGUAUGAGCUGCUCUUGUUUGCCAGAAGAGCUUGCUGAUAAUGGCAUGUCCUACACAGUUGAUAAUGCUGGCCUCAAGGAAGGAGUUACUUGCUCUGCAGUUAAUCGGCCUGAGAUCAUAAAGUGUUUUAAUCCAGAAAACCUUCUCCAUUACAUUAAGGAUUUAGCUCUAUUUCCUGGCCAAGGAGGUGAUCUGCUGGAGUUAGUGAUAGCUUGUUCUCAACUUACUUCGUUCUAUCGAUCAAAGGGAUGUCCUGAACUUGCAUCAUUUCAAACUGGUGAUGCUUGGGUUGAGGAUGGGCUGGGGAUGGAUGGCACGGACACUUCAGCCACCCAGAAUGCAAUGGUCGAGGAAGUUGUGGUUAAUGAAGUGCAUCCUACUCAAGAUAAGCCAAAAAGAGGGAGGGGGAGACCUCGGAAACAAAAACCUGUGGAUGACCAGGUGGUCAUGGAGAAAAAGAACACGUCUAAUCGAGCCAAUGAUACUAGCUAUGAUGAGAAACAAAUGCUUAUGGAUUUUGAUGAUCUUGACAACUUACAAAACAAGAAGAAAAGAAACUUUGAAUCAUUUGAAGAUUCAGAGAAGGUAUCAGCUCCAACUGGUGGUGGUAGUUCUUUCAAGAUUGGUGAGUGCAUUCGGCGAGCUGCAAGCCAGCUGACAGGAUCAUCCAUUGUGAAGGCUCAGAAUGAAUCAACAGGCUAUAAGAAUGUUGCUGAAACAGAGAAUGGGGAAUUUGAUAUCUCUAGUGAUGACGCAGUUGAUGAACUUACUGUGGAGAAGCGAGCAAAAAGGAGGCGCUUGCACAGAAAUCACACUGCUGACCCCAAGGAAUUACUAUCACAGCUAUGCUCGGUUGCAACAGAGCCAAUGAGUGGGUAUAGUUUCUCGGCAAUGAUAAUCAGUUACUUCAAUGAUUACCGAAACUAUAUUGUUUCUACUACUACUGAAGCAAACAUUGUUGAAAAAGGUACAUCAAGGAGGGGUAGAAAGAGAAAAGAGGUUUUACCUUCUCCUGAAGUAGAGACAACAGAUCAUAUGCAAGACUCUUAUUGGUCUGGAUUGAGCUUGCAUAAUCACCCAAUUCAUGACCUCAGAAAAGAUGGUCCUUCAACAAGGCCAAGACGUAGGCGGAGAUCUUCAAGACAUACAUAUGUACCUUUGUCGGAACUUGGAGAUUCAGUUCCUAAGAAGCAGAUACAAGUGAUGGAAAGGUCAAUCAUCCAUGUCGAUGAGAAGAUGGUUGACGAGUUGAAGCCCACUGCACUUGUUUUGAGCUUUGGCAGGUCAGCUUCUAUUCCUUCAGAAUUGUAUCUCAUUAAGAUGUUCAGGCGCUAUGGGCCUCUGAAAGAAGCGGAGACAGAAGUAGACAAGGACACAAAUACUGUUAAAGUUGUCUUUAAGAAACGUAUAGAUGCUGAAAGGGCUUUUGGUGUUGCUGGCAAGUAUGGCACUUUUGGACCUUCGCUUCGAAGCUACCGUCUUGUGAAUAUGCCAUUCUCUCUAAAGACAUUAUCAACAAAUAAUCCUGUGAAACACCCUGAAGAUCAUGGCACAGAGAUUCCUGGUUCGAGUACGUCUGAAACUCCUAAGGAUGACAUGGAAGUUGAUCAGGUGCACAAAACAGAGGAAGCAGAAGUUGCGGGAGAACUUUCUGUUGAACAAGCGGAGACCGUGAAGCAAACAUCUCUAGUGGAAUCUUCAGACGCUACAUUCACCAAUCAAGUUGUGGAUGAGAGAACUGGAAAGAUGGAUACUGAGCUGAUUGGCCAUUUUAAUCAAAUUGGAACAGAGGCACAUGCUGCAUCUGUACCUGAAGGUUCAUCUGAGCAAGUUGGCAAUGCUGAACAAGCUUACACUCAGGAGUCAGCUCAAGAUGUUUCAGAAGAUAUGCAAAUGGAUGUUGUAGCUGAAGCCCCCAAACAGGAUCACAUUUCUGGAGAUAGUACUGUAUUCGAAGCAAUCACUGAAGCACCAGGUGCUGCAGAAGUUCGUGAGUUUGGUACUGCUAAUGAAGUUCCAGAAGAGCGCAUGGUACCUCCUGUGUUACAAAGUCAAACCUCCUGUGAAAAUGUGGAACAAGAUGCAACUGAGCAAAAAGUGGGAUCUGAAGUUCCAAAGUUGGAAGCUGAAACAUUUGCUGCAGAACCUGUUGUACCAAGUACAAUCGAGCAAGAAGUUGAGGUGGAAUCCAAAACUACCGCUGAAGUAUCUGGCGAACAAGUCUACAGUAUUGAGCAAACUGUUCAAGUGGAAGCUGUGACUGAAGCAUCAGGUGAACAACUUGAGGUGGGAAGACAAACUCCAGAAGAUGAAUCUAUGGCUGAUGCAACCACUGAGCACUCUACGAUCAUGGUUGAGGAAACUGUGGAGGCAAACGCAGUAGCAGUCAAGUUGAAUAUAGAAAAUAAUAAUGUUUCUGCCAUAGGAGUAGCCGAGGAGACUGGUGAAGGUGAAAUUGAGGAAGCAUCAGUGGAGAAGGGGGAAAUAGAAAAUAAAGCUGCUGCUGAAACACAAGCUGGGGAGACCAGAGAAGGCGAAAUUACAGUUGAGGCACCAGAUGGGAAAGCAGAAAAUGAGACUAUUGCUGAAACAAUAAGUGGGGAGACAGCUGAAGUACCGCUUGGAGAAGCUAGAACAGCUGAGGAAGUGAUAGAGGAUGUUAAGGAGCUGGGUAUUACAUCAACUCAGAAACCUGUAGAGGAUGCCAUGGUUAUAACACUAGAUGAGAGGACUACAGUCGGUAAGACUCUUGAGGAUGCCAAGGUUGAGCAACCGAAUGAGAAAACUACCACAGCUGAGACAACUGUGGAUGAUGCCAUGGUUGAGCCACCAGAUACAAAUGCCUCUGAGGCUGAAAAAACUGCGGAGAGUGCCACACUUCAAGCACCAGAUGAGAAAGGUACAGCUGCGGAGACUGCCACACUUCAAGCACCAGAUGAGAAAGGUACAGCAGCAGAGAAGACUAUAGAGGAUACCACGGAUACCACGGUUGAGGCACAACAUGUACAAGCAGGUGCUAGCGAGUAAGCCAGCUAGGGUAUGUUGCAUCCCUGUCAGCUUCUGUUGAUAUCGAUGUAGACUGCUCUACUGAUUCUCAUCUGGACGAUGUGGUCUGUAUAGAAAAAUGGGAACCCGCUUUAGCAUCAGAAUGCUAUUAGGUAUUAGUUACUAGGGCAUCUAAAUCUUUGCCCCUUCUCGUAUGAACUCUAGUUAUAUUGGAUGACGCGAAUGUGCCAGUUUGUCAUAAACAGAGUUUCUUCCUGUACUUUUGUUCAGCGCUCAGGUGAUCAGCGACUGAGUGAAGACCAUCAGAUCAGAUCGGAGAAGCCAUGUUCAUUCCUACGUUUCACGGUCAGGAUUGGGAGUCUUUGGGCAUUCUACUGGAAUCCGAUGAUUCUUGUACCUUUGUCAUUUGUAACCUAACUGUGUUCUGGAACCCUUUAUCUUACCCGUAGAAUCUUUUAGGCGAAUUCUGUCUUCUCAUUGGUUGAUCAUCGAAUUUUCAGUAUUUUUUUUUUGGUAUUCAGGGGUAGGGAUGUAAAUGGUACGGAUAUUUUCCGACGGUAUUCGAAUUCGAUCCAAUUUGGAAGGGUCUUUAUCCGU